AUGGAAGAAUAUAUGCUCAAUGAUGAUGUAUUUGAGCAAAUAAAACAUUUUAACCAUAAGUACCUAACUGAAGAACAAAGUUUGUUAAUUGAUAAGCUUAUAUUAAAUGAAGAAUUAAAAAUACGUUAUAAAGAGAGAGGUUUAUGCAAAAAAUGUAAGCAGCCUAAAAAUUAUAGACAUUUAUAUCGAUGUAAACUUCAACAAAAUUUCAAAAAUUGGACUAGUGGAAAUCAUAAAGUUGAUAAGUUUAUUCAAAAAACACAACUUAAAGUUAAAUAUAAUAGUGACAUUUUAGAAUGGAUUGAAUAUGAUAGAUUUGAAAAUGUUGAAUACUUGGCAAAAGGAGGAUUUGGAACUAUCUAUAAAGCAAUUUGGAAAGAUGGAUGGAUAACAAAUUGGGAUUUUGAGAAUAAUAAUUGGAUUAGAAGUAAAUAUUAUUGUAGGGAAUAUGAGAAUUUUCCAGUUGUUUUAAAAUGUUUACAUAAUUCUCAAGAUAUUACAUCCGAUUUAUUAAGUGAAAUUGAAACCCAUCAUAUGAUUUAUUCAAAACAUGUAGAUAAUAUUACACACUGUUACGGCAUUACUAAAGAUCCAGAAUCUAGAAAUUUUAUGAUGGUAAUGGGAUAUGUAAUAAAUGGUAGUUUAAGACAACAUUUAAAUAAUAAUUUUAAUUCAACAAAAUGGGAUGAAAAGUUGAUAAUUUUACAAAGUGUUGCAAAAGGCCUAGCUUGUAUUCAUGAAUAUGGAUUAGUUCAUCGUGAUUUUCAUUGUGGUAAUAUUUUAAAAGACAGCUAUUAUACUUUCAUUACUGAUUUAGGAUUAUUAUUACCUUAUGUAGCACCUGAUGUUUUAAGAGGAAAAGAAUAUACUCAAGAAAGUGAUAUUUAUGGAUUUGGAAUUGUUGCAUAUGAAGUAUGUACAGGGCUUCCUCCUUAUCAUGAUAUUGCUCAUGAUAAAUUCUUAGCUAUUAGUAUUUGUCAAGGACUUAGGCCAAAAUCAAAUUAUAAAAUUCCUCAAUUUAUUUUAAACAUCAUUAAACAAUGUUGGGAUGCAGAUCCUUUAAAACGACCUAAAGCAAAUGAAUUAUAUGAUUUAUUAAAAGAAUUAAAUAAAAAAUUAGAUGAUGAUGAAACUGAAAACAAAAAGCAAGUUGAGGAAACAGAAGAAAUUAAUGAAAAGUUAAUAUCAUCAACAUCAUUAUAUACUGGUUGUACUCUUUCAUAUGUUACAAAUCCUCAAGCAGUUUACAUGAGUAGACUUUUAGAUUUUAAAAAUCUUCCAGAACCAAAAAAUGCUAUUGAUAACAAGGAUGAUGAUGAUAGAAAAGGUGGUGAUAAUUCAUUGGAAGAAUAUUCAGAAUCAAUAGAAGCAAUAGAUUUUACUAAACUAAACCUAAAUAAAAGCAACUGACUUGGGUAUAAAUUUCUUUAUUAUUUAUUAU